UGUCGUAAAACAGCAAGAGCUUCCUCUUCAGGGCUGGACGGAGAGGAGGAUGGGGUGAUUUAGGGGCCGAGCCUCAGUGGCAGCAGAGUUUAUAAGCCAGGACACCAGGCCCCUCGGCAUCAACUGUCCUCCUCACCCCUCUGCUCUCUGGCCCUCCAGCCUCCCAGCGCCAUGGCCUUCAACGGCAAGUUUGAGAUGGAGAGCGAGAAGAAUUAUGACGAGUUCAUGAAGCGCCUGGGUCUCUCCAGCGACGUGAUCGAAAAGGCCCGCAACUUCAAGACCAUCACGGAGGUGCAGCAGGACGGGCAGAACUUCACCUGGUCCCAGCACUACUCCGGGGGCCACAUCAUGACCAACAAGUUCACCAUCGGCAAGGAAUGUGACUUACAGACCAUAGGUGGCAAGAAGGUCAAGGUCACCGUGGAGAUGGAGGGCUCGAAGGUGGUGGCGAACUUCCCCAACUACCGCCAGACCUCAGAGAUUGUGGGUGACAAGCUGGUGGAGACCUCCACCGUCGGAGACGUGACCUACGAGCGCGUGAGCAAGAGGCUGGCCUAGGCGGCCUGGCUGGGUCCAACGGGAAACAAACCCGCCAAUAAAACUGAGAUACGGAUAGAAAA